AGACGACACCAAGAAAACCGUUGUCAUAACUAAUCUAAUAUUAACAGUUUCAAAAUUCCACGAUAGAUGCUCGAUGUUUUCAAAAAUCCAAUAUUCGUUUACUAUAAGUUAUUUGACCUAACUAAUAUUGCGCAUUUUGCGGCUAUUGCUCCAUCUCCGUCUAAAGACUUUCACCACCUACUAAUAACGGCAAGUAAGAUUAAAUGGAGGUGGUGGAAGAUUACAUCAAGAAAUGAUGGAGCAAAGUAUCGACCGGGAGAAAAUGUUGCAACCUAUGAAGAGUUUAAACACGAUGAUCGUAUGCAAGGUGAAAUACUCAGAGUUAUGGGACAAGAAACAUUAGACUAUUGUAUAAACCUGUGUGAUGGAAAAUUAGAUUAUCUAGUUAGAUUACCAUAUGAAAUUUUGGCCAAGAUAAUUUCUUAUUUAAAUUUAGAAGAUAUCGUCAAUUUAGGAAUUACUUCGAAAUUUUUCAACCAGAUGUGCAAUAGUGAUUCAUUAUGGCGUGAAAUAUAUACCAGGACAACAUCAAUGCAACCAAGUGAUGCUGUUGAAGAAUUGGCAAAGUUAUUUGGAUGGAAAAAGUUAUUAUUCACGAAUAAAUUACAUCUUCAGAUGCAGCUGCGACGUCUUACUUUGGAAAAAUAUCAAGAAACUGAAGAUGGAAAGAUUAAUGUGCUUUAUAACCCUUAAUCCAAUUUAGGGUGUAACACAACAAACGAGUUAGGAGAAGUGGAACAGCGAACACGUGAACUUAAGAUUGACUAGGAUGUACAAAAACUUUGUCUGGAUCGAAAAUUGUGUGGACACGCUGAGUUCAAGCUGUGACCCUAAUAAAGACGAUAUUGCG